AUGGACUACAUUACCACUACAAUCGACGUCUCGGGGCCUAAGUCAAAACUCGUCUUUCGGUCGGUUGAUCGACCAGCGGCCAACCUAAAGGAACGCACCCGGAAUCAGUCUCAGCCACAGAAGCCUGGAGGAAAUUGUGGACAAAAGGAAGCACUGGUACGCACAAACCCUUCAAGGGCUCCGCUUGAGAAUAGACCCGUCGUUGGUGGUAAGGUGGACUCCAUGACUGCCUUUGAUAGUCUCGCAGCUCGACUUUCUACUGCGCGUGCUGCUAUGGCUUCUCAAUUGCAUGAGCCAGCUCGAUUGCGGGCGAAAGAAGGCUCGCCAGACAGCCAUUUAUCAGAACAGUAUGGCGAUGUGAUGAACGAACUUAAUUUUAUUAGAGAGGAUUUGAACCAACAGCUCAAGACGGUUCGUGACGAUCUUGAUCCUCAAUUUUUGGAUGCUGCCGUAGAAACGGAUUCUCCGAUUCAGUCUCCCUUAGUCUCACAAAAUGAGGAAAAAGAGGAAGCCUUAGCCGCCUCGGCUAAUGAGACUAGGCCCUCCUUUGGUUAG